AAGUAGAUAUCUGACAACUUGUUACCUUGGAAUAUCCAUUUGACUUUCCAAGGAAGCAUACGAAUUUUAAUAACGACGUGUUAUCCAGUUAAACGCUGCGGUAAACGAUAAGCUGUAAACAUAUUGUUGGAUGACAUGUCAAUCAGUAAAUAUUAAAUACCAGUAAUUCUUGUCACGUGAUAAAUUAUCAGGAAAACGUAAUAGACUUCGGAGGAUCUGCGAUGUCAAUAGAAAGAAUGACAGAACAAAAAUUCUUUGUUUCAUGAUAAACACUGUUCUCGCAUGCUUUUGCAGUGUCCGCAACACAAUUGCUUUGAAAUUCAUAUGCAUUUCUAUAGCCACAUUUGUCCAACAUGGAAUUAGUAAAGCGAGAGAAAAAAGGAAAAAAAAUUAAACAAUUAACUAUAGACGAUGACAUACCAGAAGCUCCUACAUUGGAAGGGUUCGAAUGUUUGUUUGGGGAACCGCCUACGCAUUAUCCUAAAGGCGAAGGCAUUGAAAAUAUGGAAAGUGAAUUACAUUUUGCUGCUAUUGACUCAGAAAUAUAUGACCAGGAAAAUGCUGCACUAGCUGCAGAAUGUAAUUUACAAGUGGCAAUCGAUAAGGACAAGAUUAAUGCUUCAGCACCAGUGGAAAACAACUUAGACGAAAAUGUAGAUGAAGCUAAGACUUCAAUUUCUAUGAUAAAAGCAGAGAAUACCACAUCUCAGUCCCAGUUAGAUAAUAAUAUAGCUACAACUUCUGAUUUAUUGAAAUCUACAUCGGUUGCAUCGAAUUUAAAGGAUUUUGGCUGUGGUAACCAAACGAAAGAGGCGACACCAUUAACAGACACUGUAGACAGUGCACAGAUUGCUUCAGAAGAAGUUAAACCAUUCACUGCAAGCCAAUUAGCAUCAUUGUACGAUAAUCAGGAAUUAGGUUUGAUUGAUAUGUUCAUUUCAGAAUUCAUAGAAGCUCAGCUUAAAAGCGGCUCACUUAGACAACAGCACAGAUUAUAUGAGCUCUUAAUGAAAUAUCUCCGCGUGAGAAAUCAUUUGAUCGUCAACUCGCACGAGUUGGAAAUGCUAAAGAAAACAUGCAGAGAAACACAGAAACAAUUAUGGUGUAUAGAUAAAGCACAUGUUACAGAAUCAGGAGAAUGUCAGGAUGGGAAUCCAGUUAGCGCUACACACGAAUAUUCCACUGCUCACUUCAAUAAACAAGCACUGCUCUCUCUGUCUCGAACUUUGUCAGCAAUAAAAGAAAUGUUGUACAAUACACAAGCAUUGUACUGUUACGAAGCAGAAUUGUUAAAGUUGCAAAUCGAGCAUUAUGUACAGAGCAUCUGUGUCUCUUGCAAAGAGUUCACUAACAUUUCUCAGAAUACACAAGUUAGCCUGGCGCCAAUACAGACUCCUUCGCAAACAGUACCACAGUUAAUUGAGAUCAAAAUGUGCAUAACUAUAUUAUUUUACUUUCAAAGAAAAUUGUUGAAAGAUCGAAAAUUCGUGAUGGACUCUAGAGAGUGGCUCACAAAGCUGAUAGCGAUAUUGCUGAGAGUGGCAAACUGGCAAGAUCAUUUGUUCAUAUUAAAUCACAUUCUGAGAUGUCCUGGUGGUGUGAUGAACUGGGCUCGCAAUUAUGUACAGUUGCCAGUACCACAGGAUUUCACUACAUCAAGUACAUCUCCACUGAAUGAUCCAUAUCUGGACCAUAUAAUAGCUACUUUAGCUGUUAUUUUGCUACCAAUAAAAGAUCGCGAUGAAUUUAUUGAACAGGUACAAAUUUCAUUACAAGAUACAGAAUACAGUCCGGAUGAUACAAUGUGGGUAAUAUUAGAUCAAGAAGGUGAGGAGGAUGAAGACAUAGCCAACAAUGGUACAAACCUUUAUGAGAAUGAUCUUAUUUUGCUGAUCAAUCAGAUUCCUUUUGACAAAGUGUUUCAACAUGUAUUAUACAUACAGUGUCAGAAUGAUAGAUACUAUCAAAACGAACGCUUCAUCACUGACCAUCAUAUGCUACGCCUAUUUGCAUUCUUUACAAUUAUCAUUAAAAUUCUAAAACAAGGUUUAAAGACCUAUGACUCUCCAAGAUAUAGACAAUUAGCCAAACGGCUUUGUGCGUUAAUUAGAGACAUUGUUCAAUACGCUAGCGACCAAUGGGAAGAAUUCGAUAAAUAUAAGCUUGCUGAUAAAUCAACACUGCUGAGGCUGCAAUUAGAGUUCGAUUAUUUCUUUUUGAAAGCAGUUCUUUGUAUAUUUUCCUCACGUCGGCUGGGUGCAUGGCAAUAUUUAGCCACUGUUCCAUAUCAUUUGAUAUCUACGAAUAAUUUAUGGCAAAUUUUUUAUAUUCUGCAUACUGAUUCAACGCAGACCGAUAUUCACAUAAUGAACGUAGACGUACAAAAUUGGGAAGAAAAACUAAAUAGCCCACAACUUCGUAAUCAAUUUGAAGAUAAAUUAUGCAGUAUGCCAGGAGAUGAAUCAUAUUUUCUCUUAACUACUUUUGCCAAUAUGGCUAUGGCAAGAAUUAACAAAGACUACGAUUUUGUUAGAGUAACAACUAUUGACUUGUUUCAAAUUGGAUUCCUCAGUGAAAAGACGCAGGAUUCUUGCUCAAAAGAUGCGCAGUCUCUUUUACCAAAUUUAAUUAAUAAAUAUCCAUCGCUUCUAUCGGAUAUCUUGCACAAAUUAAAUGAUAACUUUGAAUCUGUUGGGAAGUUAAGUUUGUAUUUAUUCACUGAUUUAAAACUGGACAAGUGGAUUCCACAGGAAGAAGACAUAAAUAUUCUCUCCAAAUGGUUACAUCAACAUCCAUUAACAUCCACUGAGAAUCAUUUGGCUCGAUUAAUUCUUAGCCAUCUGAAUUGGGGCUUCAACGAGGACGGUCAAUUACAUCUUCCAAUUGAUUUACACAGACGUAUAGCAUUGUUAAUUGUUGAGCUCACAAUGAAGUAUGUGCGUGAACCUCCAGUUGAAAGUGCGUCCUUGUUGGCGGAAGGUGUUAAGCAGGUCUCAUCAAUGAUAAGAGCACAGAACGCUGAGCAAAUUUUCUCACUCUGGGCAUGGGAUGUGAUCACCAGACUCAAGUUACAUCAACUCGAUCAAACCGAGGCACUUUGUCAGCAUACAUUAAUGGACCCAGCAAAUGCUUUGGCUCAUGUACCUGACAUGGACAUCGAUACGUCCUUGGAAGUUUUGGUGUUUGGCGUCGCUGAUAAGCAACCGAUCGCGUGCUACGUAGCCAUAGUUAUGACCUUAUGGGGCCAUUCGUUGCCUCUGAUAUGUUUAAAGGGUUUUAGUCAAUUGCAGAUAUUACAGUCUCACUGUAAAUAUGAACAAGUACUUAUAUGCUUACAUCAUAUCGUACCAUUGUUCUUGGACUGCGUUGACUCGUUGCUAAAAGACGACAAAUUUAUUAGUCUAAUUGUCUCUUUAAUUACGGCUGAUAGAUCCUACAUGAACAUGGCGAAAAGUUUUAUAGCCACAGAAUUUCCUGGAACGAUUCUAAAACACUUCUCAAAUAUGAUACAAUCACAUUUGCGUAACUAUAAAAGAUACGCUUUGCAAACUCCAACAAACUUCGUUCAUUUGUGGUUGAAUGCGCUCGUGCUUGUACCGGAUUGGAACAAAGACCAAAGCGUGAUGUACUUGAUGGAUACCGUGCUUAGUUCCUCAUUUUUCUAUGCUGAAGCGAAAGCGGCAGUGGAUUCCUUGUUCCAGAAUCUCUUUUCAGUUAGAUUCAAUCACAUUGACGCUAACAUGCUAUCUACAGUCUCUCACGCUAACACAGCUCCCACUCGAGUCGUGGCAUCAUUUGGGUCAUUUUUAAACUGGGCAACUGGCUCUUCAAAUUCAGCUAGCAUUUUAAGUGGCAAAAUACAAUCAGUUUGGGUCGCUUAUCAAGUAUUGUCGGUCGAACAAUACAAUAGAGAAAUUAAAACUGGUCUAUGGCGCGAAAUCUUGAAGGAGUUAUCCACACAGAAUAAAGUAUCGUUGGACACAGCUGUUAAGAGAGCUUGCACGACUGUAAAAAUGCAACCAUUUGCAGUCCAUCAGCUUUUUAUAUAUCGUUGGUCUUCACAAGCAUUGGACACUCCCAUGGACCAUCCACUUCUUCCUCUUUUAUGGCAAAAUUUCUUCGCUUUAUUCCUUGCAAGAGUUCCAUCAACGACAAGAGUCGGCGAUCAUGGUGGGAUUGGUGAAAAGUUUUUCGAAGGCAUGAUUAAUUUAAGUUACUUGAAAAAAAUCAAAAAGCGAUUACAUGACACUACUAUGUACAUCCAGCAAAAAGGAGAAAGAGAUUUAGAUGAUGGGAAACCGAUUACUGAUGAGAGGCGAACGUUUUAUUUCAAUGCAGCAAAAUUUUACAAAACAUUAAGUCUGUGGCUUGAGGAACCAAGGCUACAGGAACCAGGUCUUUACCUAUCAGCUUUACCUAAGCAAUAUAUGUCGCAAAAAUUAAUUUUACUCGUACAGGAGGACUGGACUCCGUGGUUGGAAUACGUUGAUUAUUGGACAGUGGAAGAAAAUCAAAGGAAAGCAGUCCAUGAAUGGGAGAGCUACUGUCAUAGAGAUCAAGAUAAUCAAUUCCAGAAUAGAACGAAUACAUUGAUCACAUUUUUAGACAUAACUGAUCCAUUGCAAAGGAUUUUUAAAAGAUUCACCAUGUACGAACAUCCUGUCCCUCCACCGACUCUAAACCGCUUUAAAAGUGUCCUGAACUACAUACCCACAGAUAUUUUGUAUAACUCCAAAGCAACUAUUGACUUCGUCAGACCAUACUUUAAAACUAUAUUGGAUUACGCCCAAACACAUAAUUUGUUGAUUUCCGAGCACACAGCUGUGGAUUGUAAUUUCUUGGAAUUAGUGCCUACGCUAUAUCGGGAGAUUGAAAAUCAAAUAACAUUGCAUGCUCUUUGUGACUCAGUGCCAUCGAAUCAGAAACGAUCCAGGUCAGGAACCCCGCCUACCGUCCAUUGUGCUGGCGCAGCAGUAAUUAGAAUUAAGGUAUCGGAAGCACAUGUUUGUGAUGGGAUUGACAGUAUGGUAACUCAGAACAGAGCAGAAUAUGAGAACUUGUUGAUAAAGGCUAGUCAACCACCACCUAGCAAGGUUACUCAAGGAUGUGUAUUUAUAGACCAUCUAAUUGCAAUGUUAGAGCAUGAAGUCAUUUUAAGCAGGACCAGUGAGAACACUGCAAUGUUGUAUAAAAUUCAAGAUAGUGGUGUUACACUGUUUUAUUACCUCAUAGAAUGUUAUACAGAGGAGGCAGCAUUCUGUCCACCGACGAAGCAGCUUAUUACAACUUGUUUAGAAAGAUUGGGGCAGUUGUUUAUCAGUGGAGAGGAAAAUCAAGGUCCACAAUUGUUAAGUACUAUAAUGCAGAGACCAAACCUUGGCGGUUUACUUGGACCAUAUUUUACACCUGUUGCUGGUGGGGCAUCGAAGUUUUUACAAAUGUACCAAACAGUUGUUGAGCUGUCAAUUGGAAAGAAUGUUGACCUAUGUUUCGUAUUGUUAUCGAAGUUUGAUAUAGGAAGUUGGUUGAACUAUAGACGUCCAAAGCUAAGCGAACGAUCAACAUUUAUAGAUCUGGUGUCUAGAGCUUUGUGUAAUAUGGGCCUUAAUCCUGACAAAGAAAAAUUAAUAUUACACGAGCUGUUUAGAAACCAUUUACGACUAGUUCUAUUACACGAAUUCCCUGAACACUAUGGUGAAGUUUUAAGUGUUAUAUUGAAAAGCAGUGAAAGUCAAAAUUUAUCGUUGGAUGUUUGGCGUGAUCUAUUAGGGACUCUUAGUGGCAAGCCAAAAAAUUCGUUUUCCAUUCAGGCAUGUAAAAUCAGGGAUGAUAUUCGUCACUAUGCUACUGAACAAAGAUUACUCUCCAGACAAGAGAUGUUCGAUACAGCUAUAUUAUUAAGCAAACACUUUAUGCAAGAACGUUUACAAUACGGUCUAUAUGGAUUGUAUCCGAAGUAUAGGGUUUACAAUGAACCACUGACUGUAUUUCUUGGCAUGGUAGGUCAUGCUCUGGUUGUGCUUACUCUUCAGUCUGAUAGAGGUUCUUUGGGAGUUCAAUUAUGCGAGAAAAUGUGGCCCGUAUUAAGCGAUAUGUAUUCUCCGUGGAUUACACCAUACUGGACACGAAAUCUAAAAGAGCCCACAGCUGCAUGGAUCCAGCAACUCACAGACGACAGAUCUGUUUUGUUGCCAUGGAUCAUUACAGACGGUCCUUACGCUAAUAAAAUUGUGGCAAUGUUUGUUGAAUGUAUUCGUUUCAUUAUCGACACAUUGCCAACGUCUAACAAGAUCCUAAGUUUCGUCUGGCAGUUCUAUGUUACCAAUUUUGCACAUGCUUCUGUUAAGAAUCAUAUACUAGGUGUUAUUCAUGGAAACUUUCUGUCAUUGCCAUGGGACCAUUUUUAUCCAGGAAUAAAUGACAUAGAGCUGAUGAUAAAAGUUAUUGAUCAAUACUUACCAGAGUGCCAUUUAUUCCUUGGGAGCAUAUACAUAAACGUGAACUGGUCAGCUUGGAUGAAUGAAUUUGUGGUGACUCAACCAUUUCCAAUCACAGCAAGAAUUCAUGUUUGUUUGUUAAAUUUAUUAGUUAAAUUGUCCACCGAACCAAAUGUUAGACAGAAUGAGAAAGCAGUCCAAUUAAUCAAUGAAAUCGAAAAAUUCUCGUGGCAUUUAUUGGAUGCAACUGCAUAUGAUCCGGUAAUUAAUUGGCACGUUAUGAGCUGUGAUCCAAAAGUUAUUCUUAAUGUAGAUAGUGACCAGUGUCAUCCUAUAGACAUCGCCGUGAAUAAUCUGUUAAAGGUGUCAGCAGGAUACAGCCCCUUUGUAACUAACUUUCAUGCAACUACUUUGAAAAAGAAACAGAUGUAUGUUCGUGCGUCAGUAAAAUUAUUGAUCAGUUGUACGACUCGAUAUAAAUCUUUGUUGUCGACGAGUCCAAAAUUGUUUAGUAAUACAUUACUGAAAAUGUUAGAUGACAUGGAAGCUGUUAUCACGAACACUGUUCCGGAGUCACAGCAAACCGCGGAAGCCGGUUUAUUGAUAACAGAACUAUUUCACACUAUCAAUCAAAGUGAACUUCUAAUGGAGUACCUGCGCGCCAGUUGGGCCUCAUGGUUACUGAAAAGGACAGCUAGCAAUCCAAUUCUCAUAGCUGUCCUUAGAGUUAUGAACACAACGAUUACCUCGUCAUCCAUACUUGGAGAGUUAAUGGAGGCUGCAUUGGAAGCAUAUUUCAAAUUUAAUGCAUCUGAAGAAACGCAGUCAACAUGGGCAUCAGUUUUAACCAUUUUGCAACCAACAAUAUCGCCACAGCCAGCACUGGACACAGUGCUGGUUUCUGAGGGAAGGAUUCUUACGUUGUACUCUGUCUUACUUAAACAACUACCAUUAUGCCAAAACAUCAAAGAGGAGGGGGAAUAUCUCAUAAAUCUAGUCGAUUGGAUUUCUGCUAUAAGGCCAACGGAUAGCAAUGAGGAAAAGCUACCUCUGUUAUGGGCCAAAACUUGUGAAUUGGUGUACAGACAAUGUCAGUACAAUGAAAAUACUGUUAUUGCUGUUAGAGUGCUUAAAAGUUUAGCACGAGUGUUAUUAACAAUAGCUGAUGACGGGGGACAAACCUGGGAUAUCUUGGGAGCUAUUGGAUUUAAGAAAGGAAAUCAGCUGUCUGUGAGGUGCAAAUUUUUAAGUCGAGCGAUAGGUGUGUACUGUUUGGCACAAUUGCCUGAAUCAAAAUCAGAGCAACAGUUGGUGAGAUACAAUCCUCACUCGCCUGGAGUAGCACCGGUGAGAACAGCAGAUCCAGAUUCAAUGGACAUUCGACCCAGCACAGAGGCUAUCAAAGCCAUGCAGACUUUAGAAAGGCUCUUGUUGAACAAACAAUAUGUAGAACUGAAAGGAGACAUAGAACGCUCGAUCAGAUUGAUACGAGACUCUGGCAACUCGAUACAUAAUGCAGUAACAGUUAUAGGUGUGCUAACAAUGGAACUUUACAAUCAAAGAUAUUUACACGUUCUGAUUGAUUAGCCGAAGUCUUUCUAUUGUACAUGAUCAAAUUGCUUUUUAUUACACACACACAAAUCCUUCGAGAUGUUCUAUUGCUUAGAGAGUUAAGUUAACAAUUCAAAUAAACUAGCGUCUUUUAUAUGAAUCUAGUCAUUGAAUUAUAAUUUCAUAAUUGUGACUGUAAAAGGAAAACCAAAACAGAAAAAGCAGAUGUUCCUUUUCCUUUAGCAUACAAAAUUUUAUUUUUUAUAUUUAUGUAUACGUGAUAUUGACACUAUUACUAUAGCUUUAUCACUUGAAUAAUAUUUAAUCAGAAAUAUAGAGAAUAUAUGACAUUGUUUAAACUAGUGUUGAUGACAUUCGAGUUCCUUAUAUUAUCUGUUGAUUGGACAUUAGGAUAAUAAUAUAACUGCCAUUAACGUCUCAUUUCAAUUCGAAGGCCUACUAUUUGUAAUUGAAAAGUCAAAGUACAUAUUUCAUUGAAGAAGCUCUUUGUGUUAUUUUCCAUUCUGGAUCAAUUCAAUUAUGGACUGACAGUAAUUUAAUAUACAAAUUGAUUUUUUAUACUUCGAAUCUCUGUUUCUUCGUUCAAGGGCAGCUGGAAAUAUGUACCCUUCAAUUUUGUUAUUUACUUGUGAUUUAUAAUAAUAACCAUAUUUAAAGCUUA